AUGUCUCAAACAUCUAUCAUCUUAUCAUGUGUUCUAAUCAGUAUAUUUCUAACAAAUCUUUGUUGGGCAAGUUUAUUAUUAGUUGAUCGUAAAAAUCCAUGUCGUGCUUAUGGAAAUGCAUCAGUCUAUGAUAUAACAAAUCUUGUCAAAACAUGGCCUGUUGCUCUUAAAGGAACUGGUUUUGAUGGUAGAGAAUAUAUUUAUUGGUGGAGUUGUGCUGGUAAAACACGACAAUGUGAAGAUACAAACACUGCCAUAUGUCAACAACGAAUAGAUGAACCUGUGCUGCGAUUUAAUGCAGGUAAUGUCUCUCCACAAUUAUGGUUUGGUUUAUUCAAUGGUGCUGUAGUUCAAAACAAUCUUACAUGGGAUAUCAUAUAUCCAAAUCUUCAAUCAGAUCCAUCACUUAUUGAUGGUACCGGUAUUCGAGUUACAGUUGUACAUUUUAUAGUUGAUCCAAAUAUUGAGAAACCUCUAUUGACAAUGAAUGGUGAAAAUAAGUAUACAGAAUAUUCAAUUACAGUUCGUGGUAAAUGUAUUGGACAACCUGCAAUCAAUCGAACGAGUUUUAUACAAGGAUAUUGUGAUCCACAAACGGGACAAAUUGUACCUGGUCCAUAUAUGAUUGACAUAAAUGCAUAG